AAUACAGUUGAGUGUUCACAAUGAACUGGGCGAGGCAGUCGACUCAACACACUGCUGGAUAAGCCAUCAGUCCCACUGACAGCUGGAUCUUAACAGCACAGGAGUUUCUUCCGAUGGAGGCUUCAAAGAAGAACAUGUCAGACCUGGAGAGUGGCAUGGUCACUAUCAUCAACGUUUUCCACAAAUACUCAGGUCACAAGUGCAAGCUGAAGAAAGCAGAGCUUAAAGAUCUUAUCAACAAUGAGAUGAGUCAUUUCAUAAUGAAAAUCCAAGAGAAUGAGACUCUGGAUGAGCUCUUUGCGGACCUUGACCAGAAUGGAGACCUGGAGAUUGACUUCAAAGAAUUCAUCGCCCUCGUCGCCAUGGUUACCUCAGCAUGCCAUGAACUCUUCAACCCAUAAUGUGAACAAUUAUAAGUUAGCAUGCAUACUCAUUACUCAAUAAAGAUUUGAGGAUCACAGUA